AUGUAAAUAAGGUGAUCGAGGGGAAAGAAAGGCAGGAAAAGUUUGUGAUCCGGAACACGAUGGUAUUUUACUUCACCAGCAAUGUCGUUCAGCCACCGGUGACACUGUUCAUGGGUUUGGAUAAGUACGAAAAUGAAGAUCUUAUCCGAUGGGGAUGGCCGGAAGAUGUGUGGUUUCACGUGCACAAGGUAUCGUCGGCCCACGUGUACCUGCGGCUCGAACCGGGCCAAACGCUGGACGACAUCCCGACGGCCGUGCUGGAAGACGCCUGCCAGCUGGUGAAGGCUAACAGCAUCAACGGCAACAAGAUGAACAAUGUCGACAUCGUCUACACUAUGUGGGACAAUCUGAAGAAAACGGCCGCAAUGGAGGUGGGCCAGGUGGCGUUCCAUCGCGAGAAGGAGGUGCGCAUGUUUCGGGUAGAAAAGCGCAGCAACGAUAUAGUGAACCGGCUGAACAAGACAAAGCGCGAGGAAACGGUCGACUUUCGGACGGAGCGGGAAAAGCGGGACGUACUGGAGCGUGCCGAUAAGAAGCGGGUGGCGCGAGAGCAACGGGAGCAGGAGAAGGAGGACGAAAAGCGCCGUCAGGAGGAGGCCGAACUGCGGAGCUACAAUUCGCUGAUGAAACCGGAAAACAUGACGUCCAAUUACGACGCUGGCAAUGAUUCGGAUGAGUUUAUGUAGAAGGUUUGUGUGAGGAUAGGAGAGAGAGAGACAAUGGAACUGUACCGGAGGAACGAAAAGGUUACGAAUAAAUUAUUGAUUGUUUUAUUUCAGUGUAUAA